CGGGUCAACGGCGUCUCCCCCUGGAAACAGAAAGAAAAUGGUAGUCCCCGGAAAUGACUUCACGAUCUCCAGGACCAGCUUCCGCUUCUUCCGGAAGUGACGUUGGAAGCCGGGCGGCUCAGCGCGGUAGCCGCCGCCACCAUGGGCCGCGAGUUUGGGAAGCUGGUGCGGAUGCGGCACGUGAUCUCCUACAGCUUGUCGCCCUUCGAGCAGCGCGCCUUCCCAAACUACUUCAGCAAAGGCAUCCCCAACGUGCUGCGCCGCACUCGCGAGCGCAUCCUGCGUGUGGCUCCGCCAUUUGUAGCAUUUUAUCUGAUCUACACAUGGGGGAACCAGGAGUUUGAACAGUCCAAAAGGAAGAAUCCAGCCAUGUACGAAAAUGACAAGUGAGCCACAACGCAUCUGGAUGCCAGUUCCCUGCCUUUUUGAAAGACCCUUCUCUGGGAGAGGAAUCUACAUUGUAGUGUCUUGAAGACACAAUAAACUACUUCUGGGCUU